GUUAGGAGGUGCAGUAGUAAAAAUCCGGUGGUUGCAGACACUCCUUAUAUUGAAGGGCUAAGCCCAGUUAAAAACUAAACCUGGGAGGCCCGUAACUGCAGUUUGGGAUCGUGCGUGGAUCUGGAAAAGCAAGGGAAGCACGACGACGAUGAGAAUCGAGUUGUAGUCAGAUUCAGACCGCAAACAAGCUGAUUCAGUUUCUUCCAUUUCCUCCAUAGCUUUAGAGAGAGAAAGAGAGAAAGAGAGAAAAAUGGUGAGGGAAGUUUCAGAGAGCUGCGUUGAUAGCCUAAUGACGGAGAUGGUUUCCUGCUAUUGCAAUCGAUUCUACGCCAACAAACCUGAACUCGCUGCUCGAAGGAUCGAGGCCAUUGGUUAUCAGGUCGGUCAACAGCUCUCUGAAAGAUAUACGAUGGAGCGGCCUCGAUUUGGUGAUCAUCUUGAGGCAAUUAAGUUCAUCUGUAAGGAUUUUUGGUCUGAGGUAUUUAAGAAGCAGAUAGACAACUUAAAAACAAACCAUAGGGGUACCUUUGUAUUGCAAGAUAAUAAAUUUCCCUGGCUUACACGAAUGUCAGUUGAUCCAUCCGCUGAUAAUGUUAGUUCAGUUGAGGAUUAUUCUGCACCUACAGCUGAAAGCAAGGCAAAUCAGGCGAUGAGUAUGCAUCUGUAUUUCCCAUGCGGGAUCAUUAGAGGAGCUCUUUCUAACUUGGGAAUUCCUUGUGCAGUUUCUGCAGACAUAUCAAGCCUCCCAGCAUGUUCAUUUGUGGUCCGUAUAAAAGCCUGAUAAGUUCAUUUGUUUUACUGACGUGAGGGGAAGAUUAAUAUUGUUCAAUCAUUUGAUGUCCGCGACUGUGCUCUUUUGUCCCAAAUUUGCUGGAGUGGGGAAUGUUUCGUUACAAUAUUUUAACUAUCAAAUACUAUAUUGACUUGGCUGUAUAGAAAGAGCUCAUGAGGAAGUGUUUUCAUGAAUGAAGACUUGGUUCUUUUGAAUGCAGAUUCCAUGGAGAUUACGAUAAUAUGAUGUUCUGUUCACAUACUAUAUGGUGUACGGUAGGAAGACAAUAGGAAAGUCAUUUGUAAUGUUAUCCUUCUUGUAUGCAAUGAAUGCUGCCCUUAUAUUUGAAAUGUUUUUGUUCUGUACUUGAUCACCAAUUUGCUUGACCAGGUUUUCUUUAUUGGCUGAGCUUAAAUUUAUA